AUAUGAAAACGAAAGUGAAAAAGAAAAGUGAAAAUAACCUCUCUCUUAGUCAUGAAACUGCGUCGAAAAUCUGUUUUUUUUCCGGAUUUCCCAGUAUUUCAAAAGCACACAGUUUCAGUUUCAAUGUUUAUCUGAUGCUAUAGUAUAAUGCUCAGCCGUACGAGCUUUGGAAUAAUAUUACAGAAAUAAGACAUUGUCUUUUAGAAACCAUAACAGCAGCGAGCCAGCACUACAGAAGAAAUGGCACUGCAACUGAAUCAAAUACCUGGGAAUCUUCAGUCGAUGUCACGAGAGUUAUCUGGAGAUGCGGAUAUUAAAAAUGAUGUCAAUAAAUUAGUAAUUAGAGGGUCUAAAUGCGUUCAGUCAUUCGACCGCAUGAUGCGUUACGAAUACCGAGAGGUAUUCAUACAAAAAGAAUUGCUUUUUCAAGCAAAUGAUGCCGGAGAGGUCAAUGUUCCAAAACUGACCAAGUCAGUAUCUGACAUGACCGCGGCACUUAAAGCUAUACGGGAUGAUGUAAUGUCUACACAAAGUGAAGUUCAUUCAGAUAUCGAGAAAUGCAGGGCGAGAGUGAGAGAAAAGCAAAACAAUCUUCAACAGUUUGAGUACACUGUUUCGAGGAUGGAGAGGGAAAUACGUGAAUUCGAAUCGAACAUCUUGAGACUGGAUGGCGAAAUAAACGAGUUAGAUGAUAAUGCUGGAAAGCUUGAAAGCAGAGCACGAGAAAUUGAUCGAGAAGCAGAAGAAAAGACUGGCUGGGGGAUUGGUGGAAUUGUCAUGGCUGUAGCGGGUGUUAUUCUUGCACCAGUUACAUUUGGUCUUAGUUUGUCACUUACUGCGACUGGAGGAAUUCUAGCCGGAGUGAACCUCAGCAAUGCGGCGGACUGUCGAGAUGGUGCACAGAGAGCUCGAAAUAGUGCGUGGGAGAAACGUAAUGAAUCGUCCGGCCUUUCCUCGAGGAAAAUAGAAAUGCAAAACGAGAUUAGAGAAAAUAAAUUGAAUAUAAGAUCGACGAAGACAGAAAUUGAGACUAUUGAAUCAGACGAACGAACCCUCCAAAGAAUGAUAGGUCAGAUGUACGAGUUUGUUACUGUGAUUGACAAUGUUCUGAAUGUUUUCCAGGAGGCUGAAACUACAUUGAAAGAUGUGCACGUGAAUUCGGCUUCUUUUUCUGUCAUGAAGAACGCCUUUAUGCGAAACCCAACCAAAGCAGCGGAUAUGAGUCAGCGCCAUCUUGCGCAUUUGAAGGCAAAGUGGGAAGAAAUGGAAACUAUUCUCUCUCGGCACGGAAUAAAUCCAAGGAUAGCAUAUUGAUAUCUUCGAUAAAUAAGAGACUUGUUUUAUACUAAAUGCGUGUAAGGUUUUGAAUCAUUGCCUCGUUUUAAAAGCGCUUAAGAAGUUAAGUGUUGAAUGUUAUACGCUUAUUGUUUAGAUUAUUAUUGUAUAUGUUUCUAAGCAGUUUAUGUUAAAGGCAACAUUGUUUGAAUGUUUGUAUACAGUUCUAAUUUAUAUAUCUCGUCAGCAGGCCUACUAAUCAAUAUUUAUAUUUCUACUCGUAUUUCGGAGUACCGGUAUGUGUUCAUCGCAUUGAAGUUGAGACGUGAAUAUUGACAUAGUGUUCUAUUUUAUGACCAUUUUAUGAAUUAUGCUUUUGUUAAAUUUGUAUGUGUGGUAUGUGACGUGUAGUUUAAUUAUGUCAUACAUAGAACAUACCUAGUAUCUACAAACAUUCACUGUUUAAAGCAUUCCCAAUGCUUUAAAAUUCCCACCGAUACAUUAAAAUCGUACCAUCAUAACAUUAGUUAGCACUCAUAAUCGGGUCGUUUCCCUAUCGUUUUCUUAUAUUCUUGCCAAUAACACUAAUCAUUUUAGAACUGUCAGAUACGGGAUUAUCAAGUAUUUCCAUUUAUAGUUUAGCUAUUGUUUGAUCAUUUCUUGUAUUUGUAAUCGUUAAAUAAAAUUGGUGUUGUAAAACAAAUGAUUAUUUUUCAAUAUAAUAAGUUGUGUUAAUAAUCAAUUUAUUUAAAGUAAAUAUCUUAUAUAUCUUAGUAUUAAGGAAUAUCUUAAAACAAAUAGAUAACGUUUACCUAUAAGUUGAAGUUAUUCAACUAAACUACAUUAUUCUGAACAUUUGUCCAUAAUGAUAGAUCUGAAGUUUAUUCAUGUAAAUGCAUAAAAGUAAUUACUGUCCAAUUAUUGCCCAAUGAUAAUAAACACAUAAUUGUAUUUGUAUUGAGUGUAUGGCAAGUUUCCAUAUACUUUAUGUGCUUGAAUAUUUAAUGUAUUUGCAAUAAACGUAAACAAUCA